AGCACAUCCUGUUUUCGUUGGCCGCGCUCUGAUGGCGGUCACUGCUGGACCUGUGGCCACUUCGUAGUGCCGGUCCUCACUCGGCAGGCACCGUGAGGGCUCGGUGCCCCCCUCCUUUGUCCUCUUGACAAGCCUGCGCAUCGUUCCUCAGGGCGCAGAACUUCUGGCGGCCGGCAGCAUGGGCCGGGAGUCUCGCCACUACCGCAAACGAUCGGCAUCGCGAGGACGUUCUGGAAGUCGGUCUAGGAGCCGCUCACCCUCUGACAAAAGAAGUAAACGUGGAGAUGACAGACGUUCUAGGAGUAGAGAGAGAGAUCGAAGGAGAGAGAGGUCUCGGAGUAGGGACAAAAGAAGAUCACGGUCAAGGGACAGGAAGCGCCUGAGGCGUUCCAGAAGUAGAGAACGAGACAGAAGCCGAGAGAGAAGAAGAUCUCGGAGCCGAGAUAGAAGGCGCUCAAGGAGUAGAAGCCGGGGUCGGCGAUCCCGGUCCUCCAGUCCUGGCAGCAAAAGCAAGAAGGCUGAGAACAGGUCCAGGUCCAAAGAGAAGGCGGAAGGUGGGGAUGGCUCCAAAGAGAAGAAGAAAGACAAAGACGACAAGGAGGACGAGAAGGAGAAGGACGCCGGGAACUUUGACCAGAACAAACUGGAGGAAGAAAUGAGAAAACGAAAAGAAAGAGUUGAAAAAUGGCGAGAAGAACAGCGUAAAAAGGCCAUGGAAAACAUAGGGGAACUGAAAAAGGAGAUUGAAGAAAUGAAACAAGGGAAAAAGUGGAGUUUAGAAGAUGACGAUGACGAUGAAGACGACCCUGCAGAAGCUGAAAAGGAAGGGAAUGAAAUGGAGGGUGAGGAGUUGGACCCACUAGAUGCCUACAUGGAAGAAGUGAAAGAAGAAGUGAAGAAGUUUAACAUGCGGAGCGUGAAAGGCGGCGCAGGAAAUGAAAAGAAGUCUGGGCCAACAGUCACAAAAGUUGUUACUGUGGUAACAACCAAAAAAGCAGUAGUAGAUGCUGAUAAGAAGAAGGGAGAGCUGAUGGAGAAUGACCAGGAUGCCAUGGAGUAUUCUUCAGAGGAGGAGGAAGUUGAUCUUCAGACGGCCCUCACAGGCUACCAGACAAAACAGAGAAAACUUCUAGAACCAGUUGAUCAUGGAAAAAUUGAAUAUGAGCCAUUCAGAAAAAAUUUUUAUGUUGAAGUUCCAGAACUAGCAAAAAUGUCUCAGGAGGAGGUGAAUGUGUUUCGAUUGGAAAUGGAGGGCAUUACAGUUAAAGGAAAAGGUUGUCCCAAACCAAUUAAAUCAUGGGUCCAGUGUGGAAUUUCCAUGAAGAUAUUAAACUCCCUCAAAAAGCAUGGCUAUGAGAAGCCCACACCAAUCCAGACUCAAGCAAUUCCUGCUAUAAUGUCUGGACGAGAUUUGAUUGGCAUUGCCAAGACAGGAAGUGGAAAAACCAUUGCCUUUCUUUUGCCCAUGUUUAGACACAUCAUGGAUCAGAGAUCAUUAGAAGAAGGAGAGGGGCCAAUAGCUGUCAUCAUGACUCCAACUCGAGAACUGGCUUUACAAAUCACUAAGGAAUGUAAGAAGUUUUCGAAGACCUUGGGACUCAGAGUGGUCUGUGUGUAUGGAGGGACAGGAAUCAGCGAGCAGAUUGCUGAGCUGAAAAGAGGUGCUGAAAUUAUUGUCUGCACACCUGGUCGGAUGAUUGACAUGUUAGCCGCUAACAGUGGUCGGGUCACAAACCUUCGAAGAGUGACUUAUGUAGUUUUAGAUGAAGCAGACAGAAUGUUUGACAUGGGUUUCGAACCCCAGGUAAUGCGCAUUGUGGAUAAUGUUCGUCCUGACCGACAGACAGUUAUGUUUUCAGCUACUUUCCCUAGAGCUAUGGAGGCUUUGGCCCGAAGGAUCCUGAGCAAGCCCAUUGAAGUUCAGGUUGGAGGCAGGAGUGUGGUUUGCUCAGAUGUGGAACAACAAGUGAUUGUGAUUGAAGAAGAAAAGAAAUUCUUGAAAUUACUUGAGCUUUUGGGCCAUUAUCAGGAGUCAGGAUCUGUCAUUAUAUUUGUGGAUAAGCAGGAACAUGCUGAUGGUCUUCUGAAGGACUUGAUGAGAGCAUCUUACCCUUGCAUGUCUCUUCACGGAGGUAUUGAUCAAUAUGACAGGGAUAGCAUCAUAAAUGACUUUAAAAAUGGAACCUGCAAACUCCUCGUGGCCACAUCUGUUGCUGCUCGAGGUCUAGAUGUGAAACAUCUAAUUCUUGUAGUAAAUUACAGCUGCCCCAACCAUUAUGAGGAUUAUGUACACAGAGCUGGACGGACUGGAAGGGCAGGUAACAAAGGUUAUGCCUACACUUUCAUCACAGAGGAUCAAGCUCGCUAUGCUGGUGACAUAAUUAAAGCUCUUGAAUUGUCAGGGACGGCAGUGCCUCCUGACCUGGAAAAACUCUGGAGUGACUUCAAAGACCAGCAGAAAGCAGAAGGAAAAAUUAUUAAAAAGAGUAGUGGUUUCUCUGGCAAGGGAUUCAAGUUCGAUGAAACAGAACAGGCUUUAGCCAACGAGAGGAAGAAGUUACAGAAAGCUGCUCUUGGCCUGCAGGAUUCAGAUGAUGAGGAUGCGGCAGUCGAUAUUGAUGAGCAGAUUGAAAGCAUGUUUAAUUCAAAGAAGAGAGUAAAGGACAUGGCUGCACCCGGCACAUCUAGUGUGCCUGCCCCAACUGCAGGCAACGCCGAGAAGCUCGAGAUCGCCAAGAGGCUGGCGCUUCGCAUCAACGCUCAGAAGAACCUGGGCAUCGAGUCUCAGGUAGAUGUGAUGCAGCAAGCCACCAAUGCCAUCCUCAGAGGGGGCACCAUUCUGGCUCCCACGGUGUCUGCAAAAACCAUCGCAGAACAGCUUGCUGAAAAGAUCAAUGCCAAGCUCAAUUACGUGCCUUUGGAGAAACAGGAAGAGGAGAGGCAGGAGGGUGGCCAGAGCGAGUCUUUCAAGAGAUACGAGGAAGAGCUAGAAAUUAAUGACUUCCCACAGACGGCUCGGUGGAAGGUUACCUCCAAGGAGGCCCUGCAGAGAAUCAGUGAGUACUCUGAAGCCGCCAUCACAAUCAGAGGAACCUACUUCCCUCCUGGCAAAGAGCCCAAAGAAGGAGAGCGCAAGAUUUACUUGGCGAUUGAGAGUGCCAACGAGCUGGCUGUGCAGAAAGCGAAGGCAGAAAUCACCAGGCUCAUAAAAGAAGAACUGAUCCGACUGCAAAAUUCGUAUCAACCAACAAAUAAAGGACGAUACAAAGUAUUAUAAACAUCUUGGAGCCACUUUGUACCUGUGCUGGUCUGUGAAGUUUACAAUGUAUUGUAAAGUAAGACUUUGAAAAUUCUGUCUUGCGUAUUUUUUAAAUACAAGAAACCAGUGUUUGUUACGGAAGUUGUCUGUCAGUAAGUACUGCCCCACACUGAUCCAAACUCCAUUUCAGUCAGACCUGUUUUCAGAGUGUGAUGUUCUUAAUGGAAACCUUAGACACCAAUACUUAAGUGUCUGGAAACAUUGGGGUUUUGUGUUGAAUGUAGUAAUAAAUUAUGUCAGUCACUAAGGGGCCACCGACCUCUCCUCUUUCACUGAAAUUGUGAUGUGAUCAGCUCCUAAGAAAAGAGAAAAGUCCUUGUCAUAUUUUAUUGCCACUGUUGAAGCUUAAAUCUUAUUUGACUGAAUGGAACAUGGGAACUGGAUCUAAAAAUGUUAUAGUAGACGUUUACAAAAUAGGUUCAGAGUUUUUUUAAUUUUAUCUUCAGAAAUAAGUAGUAGUUGGUUUGCCUUUGUUUUUGUAAAAUUAAACAUAAGCAGCACUAUGGGAUUUUUGCAUUUCUUUCCCUUUUCUUCCUCAUUUGAGAGAGUCCCUGUAUAGCUUAGGCUCGCCUUGAACUUGUGACCCUCUUGCAUCUGCCUUUGUAGUGCUUGGGAUCACCACACUCAGCUUCCCACUUCUUUCCACUGCAGUAGUGCUCCUAUUCAGGUUUGCUCUCAACCUCCGAUUGCCUAAGUGCUAAUUCAUUUCUUGCUUACUUUUAGAGAAAGUAAUUGUGCCCAAUACAUACUAAAUAUUGUUCCUUUUCCUCUGAAGAGUUUCUUUAGACAUUUAUAUUAUGGUACAUACAAACACCUUAUUACUUUUAAUCUAAUUUCCCUUCAGGAUGAUUGAGUAGGUUGUGAAUUUUUCCCUCUUAAAACAAGGCAGGUAUGAAUGCCUGUCAUCCUAGCACCCAAGAGGCAGGGGCAGAAAGAUCAUGAAUUUGAGGCCAUCCUGGGCUUACAUAAUGAAGCCUUACAGAAGGCAGAGGCAGGCAGAUUUCUGGGAGUUCAAGGUCAGCGGUCAGCCUCAUUUAUGGAACUAAUUCUAGGACAGCCAACGCUACACAAUAAACCCUGUCUUGAAACACACACACACACACACACACACACACACACACACACACACACACA